AUGACGGGAAUAAUGAGAUGCUCAGGAACAGAAAUCAGAUUAGACUCCGAUCAUAGCUACCACAACUCCACUUCGUCAAAAAAUUUGUAUAGGCUAAAAUGGGUGCUGUCCACGAUACUCCAACAUUUCUCUCUCAAUUCCCUUUCUCCACUUUUAUCGAUACCCCAAUACGGUCUCUACAAGCGAGAAAACUUCUGGAAAAGCAAUGAAACUCUGACACCUCCAUUUAGCAUUGGUACGCCCUCCCAAGCGUUUUCAUACUCCGUUCUCCCGCACUUUACUGACUACUCCCAGACCCAGGCAAACUCGAAGAGCCCACCAAAGCAAGGCUCACCGAACGGGUGGUUGUACACCUCUUCCAGCAUGAGGCAAUCCUACACCCACAUUGUAAACCUACAAUCCUUUUACCGACACCGCAUCAUCCCACGCAUGCUCGUCGACACCAAUACGCGCGACAUUUCAACAACGAUAUUCGGCCAUAAUCUACCUGUGGCAAAAGUUUCCGGGGAGCUCAUGUUACCAUACUGGCAUAGUGCCGCUAGUUUGCAAUCCAUCGAAGAUGUAGCAAAGGCGAACGAUGAAUUAGGAAAAGCCCGUUCAUUCUUCAUACAUACCUACAAAUUCGGGCUCAAAGCCGGCAUCCUCACUUUCAAUGCCUACCAGGCCGCGUGGCGUCGCGGCGAUUUAAGGGAAAUGGAAUCGAUCCAAAGAAACAACCUAGUGAUGCCAGGGCUGCGUGUAUUGAUAACGUGUGGCAUGGGAGGGGCGAUAGCUAGUUUGGAUGUGAAUGGUUAA